AUGUCUGACCACCGUUCCCGACUCAUGGAGGAGGUCGUCGAGCUUCGUGGCCGAGAGUUGCUUCUCCUGGCACGGGCAAGCCUCUUCAACCAGGGGAUUGAAGCUGGCUCUACUUCUCCCAUCCCCCGACAAAUCACUCCCCGUGUUGCUGCAUUUUUCCGCAGCCAUGGCUAUGGUCCUAAUGGACACGCUUCAGGUCCUGUUCCUGCAACUAUUCACGGAAAUAUCUCCCAGCUGGAUGGUUCGGGCGACGAUCAAAGCCCUCCUCCCACCCGUAUUCGGUUCCCAAACCCCGAGUACCACCAGCACCGAGUGCGGGCUUCUCCCACCCGCAUUCGGUUGCCUAACCCCGACCACCGCCCAAGCCAAGUGCGAGCUCCUCCCACUCGCAUUCGGCUUCCAAACCCAGACUACCAUCAAGGCCGAUUGGGAGCUUCUUCUUCCACUCGUAUUCGGCUGCCAAACCCGGACCAUCAUCGAGGCCAAGUGCGAGGCUCUCCCACUCGCAUUCGUCUCCGAAACCCGGACUACCAUCGGGGCCAAAUGCGAGCUUCUCCCACUCGUAUUCGGUUCCGAAACCCCGAAUACCAGCACCGCCAAGGGUCGGGAAAUAACCCUGAUGAUCAUCACCCACCUCGCCUUCGUCUUCGGUUGGCCAAUCCCAAUCCCAACCAUCAGACCUCUGGUCCUGGGAACCGGAACCGGUCUUCGAGUUCUCAAAGCCACGCUACCAGUGGUACGACUCAUUCAGGAUCUGGCCAUUGGAACCGGUCCUCGAGCACUCAAAGCCACGCUACCAGUGGCACAACUCGGUCAGGAUCUGGUCAUGGAGGCUCUGGCCAUGAUUACGACGAUGAGAAUCCCCGCGAUGAGGAUCCCGACUAUGAGGAUUCCGGCGAUGAGAAUUCCGAUGAUGAGAAUUCCCAGGAUGUGAACCCCGAUGAUGAGAGUUCCGACAGCGAAGGCGCAGAGAAUGAGAAUUACGUCGAGGAGGAUUCCGACAGUGAUGACCCGACCUACAGACAAUGA